ACCCUAUAUGCUGCCGUCCACGGGAGGCAGAGAGAGAGAGCCGUCUUCGGGCAACUCACCUUCUCUGCCUCUACCUUCUCCUCCCCUCCCAUCGCCGACCCAAUCUCGACCUCCUUCAUUCUCCCAAUUCGAAGCAGACAGAAACAGAGAUCGGAGAUCUGUGCUUUCGAUUCACCGCUCGAUCCGCCAAGAUGCAGAUAGGUUCCGAGACAUAUGCACUUCUAGCCAGGAUCUUCUGUGGAGCUGAGUCAAAUUAGGGUUUCCGUUCCCACUCUAUGAAAGUUGUGCCUUCGGUCAUCAUUCUCCUUGACAACGUCAGCAAGCAAGCGAUAGAAACGAAGCGAGCGUGGCGAUGGAACAGACAGACCUUCAUCAUGAUCAAGCCCGACAGCGUCCAACGCGGCCUGUUGAAAGGUUGGAGAAAUCAUUAGUAGGUUUGAGAAAAAGGGUUUCUACUUGAAAGGGUUGAAGUUGGUCGACGUGGAACGCUCCUUUGCGGAGAAACACUACGUCGACCUCUCCACGAAGCCUUUCUUUCGUUCCCUUGUGGAGUACAUCAUCUCUGGUCCGGUGGUAGCGAUGGUAUGGACGCGAAAGAAUGUGGUGGUCAGACUAUGCAAUUGAGAUUGGCAGGGUCCAUGAUGCUUCCUUCCAACAUGGUGACAACCAUGCUAAUUGAAGGUCUAUUUUCUGGCUUUAUCUGUAUGCACCAUAAACCCACUAUCAUCAUCUUUUUUGUAAUUUAUUUAGUCUUAGGAUCAGCAUCAGUCUCAGGACUAACAAGACUGGUAUCAGGAGUGACCAAAUCAUAGUACUUAUCAAAACUAUCAUAAACCCAGUCUGGAAAAUAAAUUUCACUACUGUGGUCUGCCAUUGCUUUGAAGUUCUUUCUCCCUCCAACGAUUUCUAAUAUCAUCAUUCCGUAGCUAUAAACAUCUGACUUACUGGAUGCAGUCAUAUGGCGUUCUGCUUUCUAUAUACUGCAAAAAUUGAUCAGAUGUAUCAUCCCUAAUUAUUCACCCAAUUUUAAAGCCAACCCAGUGUAAAAAAGUAAAGUUAGUCAUAACAAAAUUGUAGUGACCAAAUUGCCCACAUACUUAUUAGUCUAGCUUAUGAGGAACUUGAAUGGCCUCAAGAAGGUGAUCCAACUGAUAGUAGUUGAACCAAAUGAAGAUAGUGUGAAUAAAUUAUUUUAUAUAUUUCAAGAAAAAUCAUAAUAAUCUACUAUACACCAUGCAUCACUAUAUUUAGUUUCUUUCAAAUCAGUUGCCUUAUAACAUAUUAUUUCAAAUGUGCAGAUCAAAGAAGCUGAGCAAACAAGUAAAAAUUUUGAUAUCUUUCAAUAUUUCAGUGUGUAAAUAAAUAAAUAUCUAUCAAUAAAAUAUCUUAGUUUAUCUGCUUCAUUAUAGGCUUUAUGUUGGUGAGUAGCUACAAGUGGGGUCAUGUGCAUGCAUUUUAUAAUGCCCUUGUCACAUGGACCAACAACGGUUAUAUGAUAUCGAUGGAAUUAUUCUGGUAGAAAGUGGAUCUCAUUCCAUGUAUUAGGGUCAGAAGCCAUUUGGAUUCUGAUAACCCAUAAUCCAACUCAUGUGUAAUUGUUAGUCUAUCUUUAAGAACUAGUGAGGCCUUGUUAAUUGGCAGGAUGUAGCAUCAAAUUUAUCUCAACAGUUAGUAUACUUUGUAACCUUGACCGUUUAACUGAAAAUUUUUGCCAUUCCUUUCACACAUCAAAUAAUAUUAGAUGCACAAUCUUUGUUAGUAUCAAAGAAAGGUUUGUGAAUUUAGCCAGAAAAUGUUAUAGUGAUCUCAGAUGGCACGUCUUCUUUAGUACUAGGGUUGUGCCUAUAGUUGAUCAGCGUCUUCUGUUUUUGCAACAUACUACGCCCUUUGUAUAUUGUUGCUCCCUGCUUUAUUGAAUUCUUUAUCAAACCUUCACUUUCCUUGAUGGUUGCUUGCCUCCUAAUUGAAGGGGAAGCACUGACAAAACUGUUAUUUAAGCUAUUGUUUGUAGAACGGCCAGAGCUUGUGGAUAUUAUAGGGUGACUUUUUAAUUUGGAUAUUUUCUCUUAAGUUUUUUUUCCUUGUUGAAUAACUUCAUUUUAAUAAUUUUUCCCAAGUCAUGCUUUGCUUUACAACCUAACCAUCCACAAGCAUUGUCAAGCCUUGGCAACAUAUACAUGGAUUGCAACAUGAUGAGUGUUGCUGCAUCAUUCUAUAAGGCAACUUUAGCAGUUACAGCAGGGAUAUCUGCGCCCUUCAACAACUUGGCUAUUAUAUACAAGCAACAGAUACUAGGCAGCACCUACAUAGCUACAUUGCUAGUUCAACCUUUGCUUCCUGCGUGGAUAUUCAAUCAUGAGAAUUGCUGCUUUUUGCUAGUUCAGACUGAUGCUGAUGGUCUUGUCAAUAGAGGGAACACAUUUAAGGAGAUUGGUAGAGUUACUGAAGCAAUUCAGGAUUAUAUACGUGCUGUGAAUAUCAGACCAACUAUGCCUGAAGCCCAUGCAAAUUUGGCUUCAGCUUACAAAGAUAGUUUACAAAUCUCAAGUAUUCCAGAGUUGAAAUUGAUGAAGUGCGGUUCGAGUGGCAGCAACCCCAUCCUGCUUACCUUGAAUUCCAGCAGUAAACAACCCUUCACCGACAGCAAUCAGCAGCUGUGA